AUGAUCGCCAGUAGACGCAUCUCUCCUGCUCGGACGAUCUCCAAGUCCACUUUGAAGAGGACGUUGGCCAUCUAUUGUCAGGGGAAUGCCUGUUCGCCUGAAGGAGUGUUCAGAUACAGUAAUGGCCGUUUCCUUGUUAACGAGGAGUAUGAGCUCGCGAAACGAUACGCGCGUUUCGACAUCGAUGCGCUGUGCAAGGUCGUCUCGUCGCUUCCUAGUGUUGGCUCACCGAUUAUCAAGAUCGACAAAAAGGAGGGCGGAUACAAUAAGGCCUUGCUGAUGAAAGCAGAGAAUGGAAUAACGGUCUCGGAAAGGUUCCAUUCAGAGUACAUCGUGCUGGACAAAUCGACCGGACGACAACUGCCUGGCGUGUGGAAUAAUCUAAACAAGGUGGAUAGAUUUAAACUUGUUGGAAACUUUGCUCGCCUGGAAAGUAAGCUUGCCUCGAUUAGGUUUCCGGCGUACGGGGCUCUUUAUCUGCGUGAGCAUCUACCCCCUCGUCUUAAACAACCAGGACGGACCAUCGACGUCGACGACACGUACUGUCUUGGCCCUGUGUAUCAUGGUUCCUGGCCAGGCGGAUACGCUGCCAAUCCGGAGGAAUAUGAACGGUUUGCCGGUCCAUGGAGGACACUCUUUGAUCUUGGCCACGACGCCGCACGACAAGGCAUUUGGCAAAUAGAAAACCAUAAGUCGUCGCAUUCAGGUCGUGGACCUCAUUUUGGCGACCCAGAGGAGCACGUCCGACUCCUGAAAACAGCCAUCGACUUGAUUCGCAUCCUAUGCGGCUCUCCCAUGCUUCAAAAGCACUCCAAUCCAGCAUUGUCCCACCCGGACUUUCAUCCGGGGAAUAUCUUCGUUUCUGACGAUGACCCGACUAGAAUCUCCGGUGUGAUUGAUUGGCAGUUCACCACCGUCAUGCCGCGUUUCACCCAGGUCCGUUGGCCAGUCUUCCUCAACACCCCCGAGGGAUACCAAACGAAUAGGGAAACGCCCGAGCUGCCCCUGACUUACGAGGAAGAGGAUGAACUGGACAAAAAGCGCAAGUGUGACGAUGAAGAGAAACUUGGCCAAUACGCGAUGACCAAAUGCUACGAAUCCGCCCUCCUGAAAAGUCAUCUGGAGUCCUACCUUGCCCUGACCGAGAUCGAUGUCGCAGUGCGCCAGCUCUUCAUCUCCUGCGCAUAUACCUAUCGCGACGGCAUCAUCCCGUUACGAGACUGUCUUGUCAAGAUCUUCCAGAACUGGUCCAAGUUCGACGUAAGUGCAGACUGUCCGUACCAUUUCUCUCGCGAUGAAAUUGCCCAGCACGAGAGACAGUUCAAGGACUAUGGGGUUUGGCUUCAAAUGCGCAAACAUACGCAUGAGCUGCUGGGUUCAAAUGAUAGCGGGUGGGUUCCUCCCCGUGUUAACUUUGAGGAGGCCCAGAAGAAACAUGAACAGCUAUAUGAGAAUUUUAUCAAAGCCAAGACAAAACAUAUGUCUGAAAGGGAGGCAGGGAAGCUCUGGUUCUUCCGAGAGAGGGGGUAGAAUAGGCUGGUUCUACUGAGAGUGGGCAAUUGUACAGCUUUAUGGUGGUUUAGCCAAGAUCAAGUGUAUUCCCUAGCUAGUCGCAUG